AUGCCACUGGAUUCAGCUGGUCAUCUAUUGCAAAACCAGCUCCAGUUGUCUGGACCCUGUUCUGCCUCGGAUGUAGUUGUCAGUGAUGCUGUCGGUGAACCAAUAGCCAGUAAACCAAUUGCCAGUGAACCAAUUUUCGGUGAACCAAAUGCCAGUGAACCAAUUGCCAGUGAACCAAUUUUCGGUGAACCAAUAGCCAGUGAACCAAUUGCCAGUGAACCAAUUUUCGGUGAACCAAAUGCCAGUGAACCAAUUGCCAGUGAACCAAUUUUCGGUGAACCAAAUGCCAGUGAACCAAUUUUCGGUGAACCAAAUGCCAGUGAACCAAUUAUCAGUGAACCUAUUGUCGUUGAACCAAUUGUCAGUGAACCAAUUGCCAGUGAAACAAUUUUAAGUGAACCAACUGUCAGUGAACCAACUGUCAGUGAACCAAUUGUCGGUGAACCCAUUUGA